UGUAUCCACAUUUGCCCUUCAUCUACUUCAUGUUUUUCUCUGGUUAUUAACCAUGUUUUGAUUACAUAUGAGGAUCAAGCCAUCGUUAACUCAUAAAUAAAUUACAAAUUAAUCGGUUAGUUAGUACAGUACUUCAUUUGUUUUAGAUUAUAAUUGUUUCAGAUUAUAAGUCGUUUUGACUUUGGUCAAAGUUAAACUAUUUUAAGUUUAACUAAGUUUGUAAACAAACAUAGUACUCAUUAAAUUAUUUAUAUUUUUAUAAUAUAUUUGUUUUGGGUUGAAAAUUUUACUUUUUUUUUUUACAAACUUGAUCAAACUUGGAUCAGUUUUACUUUGAUCAAAGAUAAAACGACCAAGGGAGCAUAAGCUAGCCUGAUAAAACACGAGCUGGAAUUCAAUGGUUGAGCUGCAAGCCCGGCACCGAAAUAGUUGAGCUCCAUUUGGGCUCCCCUUUUUGGGCCGCUUCUGUCGUGGUCGCCGCGCGUCUCCUGCCUCCUCGACGUCGCCCGCUGCGCGCGCGCUCGCUCCGUCGUCGCCACGGCCGCCCGGAACGGCGGCGAGAUGGGGCGCCACCAGCGUUCGGGCUCCCUCUCGGUGACCUCCUCCGCGACGCCCUCGUCCGACGCCACCGAGCUCGACUUCGCCGCCGCCGCCGACGUCGGCUGCCCGUUCGGACGCGUCGACGCGCUCGGCCCCGUCGAGCUCCGCGAGACCGCCUACGAGAUCUUCUUCAUGUCCUGCCGCUCCUCCUCCGGCGGGAACACCGCCGGCGCAGCAGAGGUGUCGUCGCCGGUGGCCGGGCCGAGGGGCGGCGGCGGCAGCCGCGUCAAGAAGGCGCUGGGGCUCAAGGCGAGGCGGCUGUCGUCGUCGUCGGCGGCGAUGGUGGCGCAGCCGAUGAUGGUGCGCACGCUGAGCCAGACGUCGGGGCCGGCGUCCCCGGGGCGUGGGCGGCGGCCGAUGACGUCGGCGGAGAUCAUGCGGCAGCAGAUGCGCGUGACCGAGCAGAGCGACGCGCGGCUGCGGCGGACGCUGAUGCGCGCCGUCGUCGGGCAGGUCGGCAGGAGGCCCGACACCAUCGUCCUCCCCCUCGAGCUCCUCCGGCAACUGAAGCCGGCGGAGUUCGCCGACGGCGAGGAGUACCACCAGUGGCAGUUCCGCCAGGUGAAGCUCCUCGAGGCCGGCCUCAUCCUCCACCCUUCCCUCCCCCUCGACCGCCUCAACUCCGCCGUGCUCCGCUUCCGCGAGGUGAUGCGUGCCACCGAGAUCCGCGCCAUCGACACCGCCAAGAGCUCCGACGCCAUGCGCACCCUCACCAGCGCCGUCCACGCCCUCGCCUGGCGCUCCGGCGUCGGCAGCGGCGGCGGCGACGCCUGCCAUUGGGCCGACGGCUACCCGCUCAACGUCCUCCUCUACGCCUCGCUCCUCCACGCCAUCUUCGACCACCGCGACUGCACCGUCGUGCUCGACGAGGUCGACGAGCUCCUCGACCUCAUCAGGAAGACGUGGCCGACGCUGGGCGUCACCAGGCCCGUGCACAACGUGUGCCUCGCGUGGGCGUUCUUCCAGCAGUACGUCGUCACCGGCCAGGUCGAGCCGGAGCUCGCCGCCGCCGCGCUCGCCGUGCUCGCCGACGUCGCAGCCGACGCCAGGGGGACCCGCGACGCGGUGUACGGCAAGGCGCUCCUCGGCGCGCUCGGCGCCAUGCAGGAGUGGUCCGAGAAGCGGCUGCUGGACUACCACGACAGCUACGAGAAGGGCAUCGGCGGCGCCCCCACCGAGGUCAUGGAGAUCCUCCUCUCCAUCUCGCUCGCCGCCGGCAAGAUCAUCGCCGACCGUGAUGCCGCCGCCGACGCCGACGACGCCGCCAAUUUCGCCGGUGACCGCGUCGACUACUACAUCAGGUGUUCGAUGAAGAACGCCUUCACCAAGAUUCUCGAGAGCGGAAUGGGCGACGGCGACGGCGAGCCGGGGGUGGUGCUGACGCAGCUGGCGAGGGACACGGAGGAGCUCGCCGUCGUGGAGCGGCGGAGCUUCAGCCCGGUGCUGAGGCGGUGGCACCCGGCGCCGGUGGCCGUCGCGGCGGUCACCCUGCACGGCUGCUACGGCGUCGUGCUGAGGCAGUACCUCGGCAAGGUGACCAUCCUCACGGAGGAGCUCGUCCGCGUGCUCCAGUCGGCGAGCAGGAUGGAGAAGGCCAUGGCGCAGAUGACGGCGGAGGACGCCGCCGACUGCCGCGACGACCGGGCCAAGGCCAUCGUCGGCGACAUGGAGCCCUACGAGGUGGAUUCCGUCGUUAUGGGCUUGCUCAAGGUGUGGAUGGACGACAGGUUCAAGAUCACCAUGGACUGCCUCGCCAGAGCCAAAGAAACCGAGAGCUGGAUACCAAAAUCCAAAGAUGAACCUUUUGCCGGGUCAGCGAUGGAGAUGAUGAAGCUGGCUAAGUAUACCGUCGAAGAGUUCUCCGAGAUCCCGGCGAGCGCGAAAGACGAGGUGGUGCAAGACCUCGUCGACGGCCUCGAGGCGAUCUUCCAAGAGUACAUCUCCUUCGUCGCCUCGUGCGGGGCCAAGCAGAAUUACCUCCCACCGUUGCCACCAUUGACGAGGUGCAACCAGGACUCGGGCUUCUUCAAGCUGUGGAGGAAGACGGUGCUGCCGUCGUGCCAAGCGCCGGAGGGCGGCCCACGCGGCGUCGGCGUUGGCGGCGGCUCGCACCACGUCCCGCGGCCGUCGAUCAGCCGCGGCACGCAGCGCCUCUACGUCCGCCUCAACACGCUCGAGUACGUCCUCACGCACCUCCACGCCAUCGACAAGUCGCUCGUCGCCGCGCCGUCGCCACGCUUCGACGGCGCGCGCGCCGCGGCGAAGUCGGCGAUCGCCCGCGUCGCCGAGGUGGCGGCGUUCCGCCUCGUGUUCCUCGACUCGCGCCACUCCUUCUACCACGGCCUCUACCUCCGCGGCGUCGCCGACACGCGGAUCAGGCCGGCGCUGCGCGCGCUGAAGCAGAACCUGACGUUCCUGGUGUCGGUGCUCGCCGACAGGGCGCAGCCAGUGGCGGUGCGGGAGGUGAUGAGGGCGUCGUUCGAGGCGUUCCUGAUGGUGCUCCUCGCCGGCGGCGGCGACCGGAGCUUCGCGAGGGGGGACCACGCCAUGGUGGAGGAGGACUUCCGGAGCCUGAGGCGCGCGUUCUGCACGUGCGGCGAGGGGCUCGUGCCGGAGGAGGUGGUGGCGCGCGAGGCCGAGGCGGCGGAGCGCGUCGUGGAGCUCAUGGCGCGGCCGACGGACGCCCUCAUCGACGCGUUCGGCGUCGCCACGUCCGAGUCCAUCGUCGCCGCCGUGGGGCGCGGCGGCGACGACGGCGACGGCGGCUACGGCGGCGUGACGCCGGUGCCGCCGACGUCGAGGCGGUGGGACGCCGCCGACGCGAACACGAUCCUCCGCGUGCUCUGCCACCGCGACGACGAGGCCGCCAGCCAGUUUCUGAAGCGCACGUUCCAGCUCGCCAAGCGACGAUGAUCAUGCAAAAAAAGCUUCGCGUCGUCCCGUCUCCAAGCUCAGCAAUGGCGCAGCCGCGCAGUGUAUCCAUCGGAGUUGAAGAAGACGGUAGCUACACGCCAUACAGCUCUAGAUUUUUGCGAUCUUUGCAGUCGGAAUUAAACCUCAUAAUCUCUCGAACGAACUGUAAACCCAACACAAAUACGAAUAUGUAAAAUUUUCUGGCACGGAUCUGAAAGUUUCAAUAUUGGUGUCAUUCCUAUGUAGUUACAUUCGAAAGUUUUCUAGCGAAAAAGCUUACGAUAAUUUUGUUCA